AUAAAAAGGGAGAUGGCGCUAGAAUAAUAUUAGUAAAACGAAAUAUAUUUUAUUUGAUUUUUCGAAAAACUUAGUAUAUCCAAAAAAAUUUAUGUUUAAUAAUUUUUAUCUAUUUUAUAACAAAUUAUAUAUUUUAAAGUAUAAUUUACUUCGAAGAUGUUUGCAAUAGGAGUGGUGGUAUCAUGAAACCGUCCAUCAUUUCUCUAAUUAAAAAUUAUUCAAUUGAGAUGAUUUUUAUGUGAGGUUGUGAAUUAUUUAUUGUAACAAUGGAUCAAAAAGUCAUUGUGAAGAGAUUAAGAGGGCUGAUAGUAGCUUCAAAGUAUCCAAUGACAUUGAAGCAGCUAGAAAAUGAUUAUAGACUUAUAAUGGGCGAAGGUAUACCCUUCAGAGAUGUAGGAUACAAAUCAUUGGAGGAAUUUCUCAAGUCAGCACAGACUUUGAAGGUGUUUCGAAACAAUAAAGGAGAUAUUGUUGUAGAUGCUGAAACAAGUGCACAGUCUGCACAUAUUGUUGAAAUGGUACAAAAACAAAAGACACCAAAAAGACCACCGAGGCGCGUACAUUUCACGCAGAAGGCUUAUGCACCAACAAUAUGGAGACCAAAACAUUCAUCCAAAUCCAAGAAAAAAUAUACAGCAUCUUCUAGACUUGUAACAGUUUCACAUAACCAAUUUGUUAAUAAUCUGGAACUGGCUAAGUCUGUUGCAUCAAAACUAGUAAUUCCUGAACUUUCUAAUUAUUCAAAUACAAAUAACGACCGUCUACCACCAAGGUUGCAAAAACUGGUGAAUAUGAAUGGUAGAGCAAAAGCACAACAGUCGUUACAGGAAAAUGGGAUGAAAAACACGCACAAAGAAAUAGUGAAAUCUCUUUCAGAAGAAAAUUGCUCUCCCGGUGUUAGUAGAAGAAAGAAAAUUACUAAACUAAUGUCUGAAAUCAGUUUAGAAAGGGAUAGCGGCAACAGUAGCCCCGUUGGUGACAUAGUUCCCAUCACAUUUCAACCUAUAUUACCAAGCAAGGCCCCUGAUUUCGUCUGUACGGGAGAUAUCAAGACUGAUUUGAAAAAUUUCGUGGAGUUUCACAAAUUGGGUGAAAUUGAUGUUAGUGUCAAAAAUAUAUCCAAAAAAAUAAACAUAUUCACUUGCAAGAUCAAAAUCGGAAAUCAUCAAUUCACAAGUUACCCCGAGGAAUUCAAAAAUAGCCAUAAUGCAGAAAUGUAUUGUUACAAACAGGCCUUCAAAGAACUCACAGAAAAAUAUGGGAAAAGAAAAUCAUUAUUUUUAGCCAGCGAUAAAGAUAUACUCGAAAGAAUACCGAAAAUGCUUGAAAAACAUACAGGCGGUCUUUGGGAAUGGCAAGUUCGACAAGAUUACACAGAAAAAUAUAACGAACAACUACCGGCUGAUUGGUUGAAGAUUAUCGACAGCAGUCCGUGUAUUCACGUACAAAAAGUCGUGAAUACUUACACUUUGAAACAUUGUAAACCCGAAGAGAAAGGUCAAAUGUGGAUGAAAUCAAUGACCUUAACGGACGUAUCUGUACCAUCGAAUACCAUUGAAUUGAACGACGGUAAAUUAUAUGCGGAAGUCACUUUCUUAUUAUCCGCCAAUGAAAUAUGGUGUCGACAGGCUGCUACAGAAGCGAGUGAAAAUUACAUCAAUAUGGUAUCAAAAUUGGGGGAAUAUUAUAAUAAUAAUAAAGAAAGUUUACGUGCUCCUGUUGUUAACCGUAAUGGUUAUUACGUAGCCAGUUACGAGUAUGGAUGGUACAGGGUACGAGCAGUAGAAGUCGACGAAAAAACCGUUUUGUGUUUCUAUAUAGAUUUCGGCGAUGAAAUCGUUCUUCCCAUCGAUAAAAUUUAUCAAUUAAAAAGGGAAUUCGCCGUUUGUCAAGCGCAAGCUUUCGUAUGUCGUCUAGCUGGUUUAGAAGAUUUAUACGAAGUUUCUGUCGGUUCCGCCAUAUUACAAGGUCUUUUAUACAAAAACGUUUUAUUAGAAGUUGCCUCUGAUACUAUCGCUACAGACGAAAACGAUGUUAGCCUCCCUGUAUAUAUGUACGAUAUGGAAACUGGUGUAUGUCUAAAUAAAGAGUUGAUACCAAAAUUAACUCUAGAGUCUGCAGCGCCCAAUAUUUUAAGCGAUACGAUUACUGAGGUUUACGUCUCAAAUAUAGCCGCCAACGGUGACAUUUACAUACAGAUCCGUUCCCCGGGCUACGAAAAAUUAUUACAGCUACUUUCGAAUUUAGAAAAUCAAAUAGUCAGUAAUCCCCCAACGGAUAUUAUGCUGCCACUAACGAAAAGUACCAGUGCCAAUAAAAUUUACAUGGGAAAACAUAAUAUGAGUGGUCAUUGGUACAGGGUGAAAAUAAUCGAUUGGUCGCCAAAGGAAGAUAUGGCUCAGAUAUACUACAUAGAUUACGGAACUACGGACGUAAUCAAAGUAAAAGAAACUGCGCUCUAUCCUUUAGAAAAACUCGAUGAUAUUGUCAACAUGUAUCCUCCUCAAGCUGUCAAGACGAGAAUGUUAUUGGAUGAUAUACCAACAGAUUUCUUAGCUGCUGCGAAAAAAGUUUUACCCAUAGAGGAAUCAAUAAUUAUUAAAGUGAUAAAAUAUAAUUCGGAAAACGUACCUUUAGUGGAGUUUUUCAGUAGAACAACCGAAGGUGGACUUUUCUGUAUAAACAAAUCCAUUAUAAUGGAAAAUGAGAUUAAAAGAAGUGAUGAUAGCAUUGCCAAAUCUAACAGAAAAAUUCCCAAUGGGGAAGUACCGUACAAAAACGUACCAUCAACUGGUAAAUUGAAAUGCCCACCUUUACCUGAAAUAAACGAGACUUUCGAAGUACAUGUACCUUUUGCGGUGAAUCCUUACAAUUUCUUUAUACAACCGUUAGAAUCUCGACCGAAAUUACAUAAAAUGAUGCAACAGUUACAGGAAAGGUACAAAGAAGUAUUGUACAGUCCUUUAACUAUUGAUCAAAUCACACCUGGAAAUAUAUAUGCUUCGAAAUUUGAUGAUGGAAACUGGUACAGGACCAGUGUUAUAAAAGUGAUAAACGAUGGAUCUAUAUCAGUAUUUUACUGUGAUUUUGGAUAUUAUGCAAAUCUGACUGUACAACAAUUAAUUCCUUUAGAUGUAGAAUACCUAGAGUUACCCUAUCAAGCACUCAAAGCCAGACUAUCAGAUAUUAGACCGAAGGAUUCGAAUUGGACUAUGGAACACUGUGAUGAAUUUAAAGAAAUGGUGGAAAGGAAACAUUUCUAUUCGUUAUUGUUAAACAUAGCCAAAGAUGAAUUGUACGAUUCAGAUUUGGUUUUAGAUCUUUUGCUCAUAGAUACUUCAUCGGAAGAAGAAGAUAUUUACAUUGGAACUGAAUUAAUCAAUAGAGGUAUAGCCGUCGAAGGUGAAAAAGGAAAAUAAUAUUAUUUUGAAUAGUUCUUUAUAUACAUAUUUAUAUACAAAUUAUUUAUUUCCAAAGCACACAUGUGUGCGAUUUAUAAUUACCACAGAAAUGCAACUACUCUAUACCGUUAUUUUUUGAUAGAUGUAGUUCUAAGACAUGUAGAUUCACCCCCAUAACAGGAUUGUACCUUAAUUGUGCUACAACUGUCUCAAGCCAUUUCUGGUGAGGAUUUUUUGUAGUUUUAAUCCAUAUCGAAGGUAGCUGUUUUAGAAAUGGAUGCACUAGUUUUGCGAUCAAAUAUUAAUGCUGGGGAAGAUGAAUGUUCGAUAUUUUACUAUCUUCGUUUUUUAUAUUUUAUAACACAAUUUGUUUCUUUGCUUAAUAAAUACAUAUAUAGAUGUGAGAAUAAUAAAAUAUUGUUAAAUAACAAUUUGUCUAGGUCAGAUUAUUUGUUGGUAAAAAAAAUUUUUUUCCAAAGAUGGUUAAAGCGAGACGUCGCAUUCAUAUUGGUAACCAAAAUUUAGUGAAAACUGAAACAUUAUUUUCGAUGGAAAUGUUUAUUUUUUUAAGCUUUUUUAUAGAAGUUUUUUAUGUUGUUUUGUUGAAAAAAAUAUAGUAUAUUGACUGAAUUAUUUCAAGCAAUACUUUGGAAAAUUUCCUUUGAUAGUUGUAUUAAAAUAUUUUUAAUAAAUGUUGAUUUAUGUUUC